CAGUAUUUAGAUGAUACUCACUGGAGGAAAAACAGAAGAAACUGGAACGUCAAAAUGAAGGGAAUAUUGUUGUGUGCUUUAAUUUUAGUCUCGAAUGUGUGUGGUGAGACGAGAGUAGAUCCCUUGGUUCUGAUCAGUAGUCAAGGUUUAGUGCAAGGGUAUAAGGCGAGUGAUGGAGAUUAUGCUGCGUUUUUGGGUGUGCCGUAUGCAUGGGUCGACCCCGAGGAUCCAUUUGGCCCAGCGCAAACAAGACCAGCAUUUGAAGAAAUAAUUUACUAUGCCAGAGAUAGCUCCAUCCAAUGCCCGCAGAUGACUUCGACGCACACCGACUCGGAAGUCCUCGACUGUUUGCGACUGAACAUUUAUGUGCCACACAAAGCUAGCUCCUCGAACCCACUGCCUGUUUUGGUGUGGUUCCAUGGCGGAGACUUUGAACGUGGUAGUGGAGGACAAUAUGGCGUCAGAAACUUAGUCAGACACGACAUCGUAGUCAUCACGGUCAACUACCGUCUCGGCCCAUACGGAUUUAUGUGCCUUGAUAUACCGAAUAUGCCAGGAAACCAAGGAUUGAAAGAUCAGUACAAAGCCUUGGAAUGGAUUAGAAAGAACAUCGCGUCUUUUGGUGGCAACCCCUACAAUGUAACGAUCUCUGGUCAAGAUGCUGGUGCAACCUCAGUUCUGUUACAUUUAUAUGCCGAUACCGACAGAUACUACCACAAAGCUAUCGUAGAGAGCGGUACACCUCAGAGUGAAGGCAUGUUUGUGAACGCUGAUACCGAAGUUCCAGUCAAACUGGCUGCACAUUUAGGUUAUACAGCAAGUGACACCCAAGAUGCUCUACAAUUUCUUUCAAAAUCUCCGCAUGAGUUGGUUACAGGAGCAGCUCUGGAACUAAACCUGCAUUUAAGGCCUUGUAAAGAGAGAUCUUUUAGUGGAAUUCCAAUAUUUGUAGCGGACGAUCCGUACUCACUUACAAACGAGAAGAAAGUGAGCAAAACGCCUAUAUUGAUUGGUUACACUAGCCAAGAACGUGACUCGCUGAGCAGUGAUUAUUUCGAUUCCGAUCCGUUUUAUGAGAAAUUGAAAAACAAUUUCAAUCUUAAUGAACAACAGUUAGCUGAGGCCGCUAAAAUAGCGCGUCGGUUUUACCUUGGAGACAAGCCUGUAUCAAAGGAUGUAGAAACGCAAUUAGGGAACUUUGAAUCCGACUUUGUGUACAACCAUCCUACAGAGCGAGUUAUAACAAGACUACUUGAAGAAAGUGCAUCCUCUAUUUAUGAAUACCUGUUUAGUUACGUCGGUGACUCCGGAGCUGCGGGGGCGGGGCAUUCGGCAGAACUUAAUUAUUUGUUUACUAAAGGCGGGAAUCCCCAGGCAAGGUCAGAUGAAGAUCAAUUGAUUAUCGACCGGAUUACGACCUUAUGGACCAAUUUCAUUAAAUAUGGAAACCCGACACCUAAAGUCACAGACUUACUACCAGUUAAAUGGACACCAGUGGAUGUAGAGACCAGGCCGACUCUAAUCAUAGACACAGACAUGCGCCUGGACAACCGCGUCGAAAAUCAGCGGAUGGCGUUCUGGGACCUGUUCUACUCAAUGUAUGGCAGCUACAGCAUCAUCACAAGAGAAUGCUCGUUCGAGCCUUACUGCUGUUGAGUGUCUUUUGUUUCUGUGAUUUGUAUUAUUGUAGUAUGUUUUGAUAUUGUUAAGUGAAGUUUCUGUAAAUAUUUCAAUUAUUUUUGAGUCAAUAAAAUUUAUGAUUUUAUUUA